GCCUUCCUGCCACAACCGGCGUAGCCACUGACCAUUACUAACGUGGCGAACCGAAUACUAAUUCGAAUUCUUUAUCUCUUAAAUAUCAUACGAGUACUUUAUUAAAGAGAAAGUGUUUUGUGUUUAGGCGCGAAAUUGCAACAUAGAGUGGCAGUGACUUUUUUAAUUUUACAAACGUGCUGUGACUUGUGACAUUUAAUUUUUGGAUCUUUGAGAUAACUAUAUUUUAAAAAGAUACCAUGACGUCUCCAAAUAAACUACAAUCGGAGAGAGUGAAACAAAUGUUCAGUUGGACAACGGGAGAAACCUCGCCUCCGUCGCCGAUGGGCGACGAGAAGGAGUCCAAAAUGAGCCAGAUACAAUUCUCACCGCCAUUAGACAAACAGGAAAGCACGGUAUGGCAAAAACGACAGCAAGCGGUGUGCGUGCGGCACGCAUUCAAACACUACGGCUCCAAUAAGCGGCCCAACCACGUCCUCAGCAACCUUAACAUGACAGUCGCUAAAGGCACAAUUUAUGGAUUACUGGGCGCAUCAGGCUGCGGCAAGACUACACUACUGUCAUGCAUCGUGGGCAGACGCAAACUGAACAGCGGGGAGAUAUGGGUCCUGGGUGGCAAGCCUGGCACUAAAGGGUCAGGAGUGCCGGGUAAACGCGUCGGCUACAUGCCUCAGGAGAUCGCGCUCUACGGAGAGUUCACCAUCAAGGAGACGAUGAUGUAUUUCGGAUGGAUCUUCGGUAUGGAGACGCGUGAGAUCUCUGAACGUCUACGGUUCCUGUUAGACUUCCUAGAUCUACCCAGCGAGAGCCGUAUGGUUAAGAACUUGAGUGGUGGUCAACAACGUCGGGUGUCAUUCGCUGUGGCAUUGAUGCAUGAUCCGGAACUGCUUAUCCUGGACGAGCCGACUGUCGGCGUGGACCCCCUACUGCGUCAGUCCAUCUGGACACAUCUCGUGCAGAUCACCAGCUCCGGAGACAAGACUGUCAUCAUCACGACACAUUACAUCGAGGAGGCGCGACAGGCGCAUUGUAUCGGUCUCAUGCGCAGCGGACGGCUGCUCGCCGAGGAGUCGCCACAAGCUCUGCUCACGAUGUACAGUUGUAUCUCCCUUGAAGAUGUCUUCCUUAAACUGUCAAGAAAACAGGGUCAAGCCAACCAAGUGGUGGAGCUGAACGUAUCAGGAGGUGCGCUGGGCCUGAACAAGAUGUGCAAACGGGAGGAGGCGCCGUACGCGGCAGAAGACGCUCAGGUCGUCGGACUCAACUUCCACCAAAGCAAGGAAGUCCUCAUCGUUGAUAAUGGCGCCGGCUCUAACGGAGAUAUUCCCGGCAAAAUGACGGAAGUUGUUACGACAGAAUGCGAAGAGUGUGGAGACUGCUUAAAUCUGACAUCUCGCGGCAAAAUAAAGGCGUUAAUCCAGAAGAACUUCCUGCGGAUGUGGCGCAACAUCGGCGUGAUGCUGUUCAUCUUCGCGCUGCCAGUCAUGCAGGUCAUCCUCUUCUGCCUCGCCAUCGGACGAGACCCCAGCGGACUCAAGAUUGCGAUAGUAAACGACGACGUGAAUGUAAUGGACGGCUACUGUCCGUACAACUCGUCGUGCUCCAUGAAGAACCUGUCGUGCCGCUACCUCGACCACCUGAAGAACCAGUCCAUCAUCAAGCAGUACUACUUCGACGUGCAGUCCGCCAUCCAGGCGGUGAAGGACGGCGACGCUUGGGGCGCCAUCUACUUCAACGAGAACUACACCGACGCUCUCGUCGCUAGACUGGCUCUAGCGGACACGGCCGACAACGACACGAUCGUGUCGUCGGAGGUGCAAGUGUGGCUCGACAUGUCCAACCAACAGAUCGGCCUCAUGCUCAACAGGGACAUACAGUUCUCGUAUCGAGACUUUGCCAAGGACCUAUUAGAGACGUGCAACUACAACCCGAAGGUGGGCGACAUCCCCAUCGACUUCAAGGACCCCAUCUACGGAGACAUCAACCCUUCCUUCACUGACUUCGUCGCGCCCGGAGUUAUUCUCACGUAAGCAUUAACUAAAAUCA